UGAUGACGUUGUGAGGGCGGGAAGGAGGAGGAGAAGGAGGAGCCAAGAUGGCGGCGAUGGCGGCGCUGGGCCGGAGGCUGCGGGCGCUGGGCCGGGGGGUCAGGGGGGUGCAGACCCCUCCCUGCUACGAGGAGUCGACGGCCGAGUUCGGGUUCGUGGAGCGGCUGCUGCCCCCCAGCCGCAUCCCCGACCCCCCGCACCCCAAAUACCCCACCCCGUCCGGCUGGAGCCCCCCCGCAGACCCCCCCCCGGAUCUGCCCUACCUGGUUCGGCGCUCCCGCCUGCACAACCCGCCCGUGUACGCGGGGCUGCGGCAGGGCCGGCGCCUGACGGAGCUGCGCCGCAUCCACGGCGACAUCUGGGCGCUGGAGCGGGACCUGAGGGCGUUCCUGGGCUCCCUGGGCGCGCCCCGGGUGGCGGCGCAGGUGAACGAGGUGACGGGGACGCUGCGGCUCAGGGGGCACUGGGGGCCGCAGGUGCGGCUCUGGCUGCUCCAGAGGGGCUUCUAGAGACCCCCAGGGGGCCAGGGGACCCCAGAUCUGCCAGGGGACCCCAGAUCGGCAAGGGGGACCCCGAAGUCUGCGAGGGAUCUGCUGUGGAGACGCACCUAAGCACCUGAAAAUCUGUUUGGAACACCCCAAAAUCUGUUUGGGGCACCUCCAGAUCCACUGGAACACCUCCAAAUCCAGCUGGGCAGCUCCAGAUCCACCUGGAGCACCCCAAAAUCUGUUUGGGGAACCCCAAAAUCCACUUGGGGCACCUUCAGAUCCACCUGGAACACCCCAAAAUCUUCCUGGAAUCUGCUGUGGACAGCCCCGAACCCCAAAAUCUGUUGGGGUACCUCAGAAUCUGUGCUGGGAUCCUGAAAUCCACCUGGGCCACCCCAAAAUCCACCUUGGGAUACCCCAAAAUCUGCCUGGGAUCUGCUGUGGACAGCCCCAAAUCCCUCUGGAGCACCCCAAAAUCUGUCUUGGGAUCCUGAAAUCCACCUGGGCCACCCCAAAAUCCUUUAAAAUUCACUGAGAGGGCCCCAAAAUCCACCCUGGGCCACCCCAAAAUCUGCUGGGAGCCCCCAGAAAUGGAAGAAUCCCCCCCCCCACCCCACAAAUGGAAUAAACUCCUUGGGUAACUCCUCA